CCUUAAUCUUAUUCGCAUAAGCAGUUUGUCAAGAAGGGUAAAGUAGAACGAUUAUGGAAGAGAAAGGCAGCGAAAGAUGGAACGGAGCGAUUACGAAUCUCACCGAGUUGUCUUCCAAUUUGGACUCUCUUCAGAAGCUUCUCUUCAAGAAAGCCGUUUUCGUUGACGAUGAAACCUUUGCCAAAGCCUCCCUCACCUCUGAACAAGCCCGAACCAUCAAGGCUCUAGAUCAAAGGGUGGAAUCUUUGGAAAGGGACCUUGAUGCUGCCAUUGUAGCUGCAUCUCGUGCACGUAAAGAAAAACAAGCAGCUGAGGCAGCACAGAAAGCGGCUGAGUUGCGUGCACAGGAGGUUACAAAAGAGCUUGAGAACACCACAAAGGUGUUUGAACUGCACAUGGAGGAGUUGCGAGCGAAGCAAGAAGAAAUAUACCAGCGUGACAAAGACAUUAAAGUCUUGGAAGCCAUAAUUCAAACGCUUGGAGGAAAACAGGCAUCCCAUUCCAAAACUGGAAAAUGGUAGAGUUAUGAAGAAUGUGGUGAGUAAUGAAGAAUGUAAAAAGAUAAUUUAUUUAGUUUAUGUUAAAAAAGUGGGUAGAAUCUUAAUUAAAUUAGUUAAAUGGAUAAAUAUGGUUAGUUUAACUUUAAAUUGGGUAUUUAUUAAAUGGCUUUUUUUUAUAUAUUUAUGUACUCCUAAAAAAUAACAAAAAUAUUGCUACAUGGAAAAAAAAAAACUUUUAUAUGGUAUAAGUUUUUUUUUUCAAUAAAUAUCAUUUUGUUCGUCA